CCUGCUUGCUCCUGAUGAAGAGGGCGCGGAUGAGAUGGGGAGUUAAUGCUGGACCAUGUUGCACGUGUCGUUGUACGCGCUACGUGCUUCCAGUGUCACUCUUCAUCAGCCGCUCUCUCUUCAUCAGCCGAAGAGAGGGAGCCGAUGAGAUGGACCACGUAGUUGCACGUGUGGUCGUUGUAUGCUGUGCACAAUGUUAACAAUUAGAUUUUGCUCAAGAAGAUCUAUGAGAGGAAGAUUCGCACUCAGCCCCUGACGGUCUGCCCUGAGGCUAAGGGGAUAAUUCGAUUUGAAGGGCUCGUAGACUGGAUCUUUUUUUGUCGGUCCUGCAGUCGUCCGGCGCCACCUGAUGAAGAGGGCGCGGAUAGAAAUCAAUUUCCGAACAAAUAAUUCGCACUUCUGAACAAUAAAGAAGAUAGGUGCAGG